AUGAAGCAAAAGCUUCGGGAAUUGAAGGCUGUUCGUGUCGUGUACUGUGACCUCUCGGGAAUCACAAGAUGCAGGCUUGUUCCUUCAGGACGGUAUGAACAUGUUGCACAACAUGGUCUUGGUCUGGUGGCUAGCGGCAUCGGAAUGCCUGCAUGGGGGGAUGUGCCACCUGCAGACUCCCCUCAUCAAGUGACUGGGGAAUGGAGGCUAGUGCCUGAUCCAGAUACAUUCAUCACUCUCCCAUGGUAUUCAUACCAUGGCCAUGUCAUGGCCAACCUUGUGGCCCCUCCAGGAACGAAUUGGAGGUGUUGUCCUCGACAGGCACUGCAGAAUGCAGUAACAGCCCUCAAGGAGAGAUUUGGCCUUGAAUUGAAGAUUGGCUUUGAAACGGAAUUUGUACUUCUAGAUCCCAAGAAGCGGCUCCAGGGUAGUGAGCAUCUGCCUGCUGCAGCUGACGAUCAUACCUACUGCUAUGCAAGCGCUGUGGACAAGUUUGCAGCAAUCCUUGACGAUAUGGUGGGCAAUCUGCGGAGGAUGCAGCUCGAAGUCUAUCAGUGCCAUGCUGAAGCUGCCCCUGGCCAGUUUGAAAUCGCAACUGCCCCUUUCAGUCCGUUGCAGGCUGCAGACAAGGUGCUACUGACCAAGGCAGCAAUAUCUGCUGUUGCUCGACAGCACGAUCUCAUGGCUACCUUCUUGCCUAAGUACUUUCCAGACAAGGCAGGAAAUGGUCUUCAGUUUCACUUUAGCCUCUGGCAGGGUGAAAAUGAGGUAAUGUCUGGCAGUUCCCGUGAAACUUUGUCUGCUUCGGCAAGCUCGUUUGUGGCUGGCAUUCUGCGACAUCUCCCUGCUCUGGUAUGCUUCACUGCACCAUCGACGAACAGCUAUCGAAGGAUUGCCCCUGGAUGCUGGAGUGGUGCCUUCCGGUGCUGGGGAAACAAUAAUCGGGAAGCACCACUGAGAGUUGUCUUCCCGCCUGGUCCUGGAGAAGGUGGUCCACACUGCGAGUACAAAUGUUCAGAUGGCUCUUCAAACCCCUACGUUGCACUGGCUGCAGUCAUCACGGCUGGCAUGAUGGGCAUGGAGGAAAAGGCGAGUCUGCCACCACCGGUGAAUGUCGACCCAGCAAGGAUGACGGAAGAAGAACGUAGACAAGCGCAGGCUGAUGCUCUGCCCACGACGCUUGGGGAUGCACUGCACCAGCUGGAUGAGGACCAGAGUUUCAGGGACGGUUUCGAGUCAGUGGUGGGAAGUGACCUUGUGAAGACAUUCCUUGCAUGCCGCCAUGCAGAUUGGAAUUUCUUUUCAGCAGUGGAUGCCAGCAAGGAAGUGGAACUGCUGUACCCUAAGUUUUAG